UCCAGAAUGGAGUCUACUGAAAAAUGUGAAGUGGUAAUUCAACAUUUUAAUGGAAAAUAUCUGAAAACACCACCUGGCAUCCCAGCCCCUAGUGAGCCUUUACUGUGCAAAUUCGCUGAUGGAGGACAAAAGAAGAGACAGAAUCAAAGCAAAUACACCCAGAAUGGAAGGCCUUGGCCCAGGGAAGGAGAGGCUGGCAUGGCUCUGACCUAUGACCCCACAGCUGCCAUACAAAAUGGAUUUUAUUCUUCACCGUACAGUAUUGCAACCAACCGCAUGAUUCCACAGACAUCUAUCACGCCAUUCAUUGCUGCUUCCCCUGUCUCCACAUACCAGGUCCAGAGUACUUCAUGGAUGCCUCAUCCGCCAUACGUUAUGCAACCAACAGGUGCUGUGAUUACGCCGACAAUGGACCAUCCAAUGUCAAUGCAGCCAGCAAACAUGAUGGGCCCCCUGACACAACAGAUGAACCAUCUUUCGCUGGGCACAACAGGAACGAUUCAGUCCCAAGACAGGAUUAUGAUACUCCACCAGCUGUUGUGUCAGUAUAUGACUGCUGCUGCUCCUAUGCAAGGGACCUACAUUCCCCAGUACACGCCUGUGCCUCCGACAGCUGUUUCUAUCGAAGGUGUUGUUGCUGAUACCUCUCCCCAGACAGUGGCACCUUCAUCCCAGGACACCAGUGGUCAGCAGCAACAGAUAGCGGUGGACACAUCCAACGAACAUGCAUCUGCAUAUUCCUACCAACAGUCUAAGUAA